GCAUAUCAUGGCGGAGCUGCAGCCUCUGGACCCGGCGCCGCGCCUCCACCCGCGGCGCGUUGCGCUCGUCGUGGCUCUGCUGGCCUACCUCCGGAACACCGGCCUCAACCUGCGGCAGCAGCACGCGCUGCUCAAGCAGAGCGACCCCUGCCUCCCGUGGCCGCAGCAUGUGCAGGCCGCGCUCAAGUACACGUCCGUGGGGCAGCUCAUCGCCAGCUCCGAGUACCUCCUGUGCCUGGUGAAGCCCCAGCUGGCGGCGCGGAUCGGUCGCUUGCUGCUGCGGAAGCCCCGCGACUGCCGCGUCAACUGCCGCUACGGGCCGCACGAGCGCCACACGCUCGACGUCUACGGCGUGCACGAGCAGCAGCAGCAGCAGGCGCCGGCCAAGCCUGUGCUCGUCUUCAUGCACGGAGGGGCCUGGUCCUUCGGCCACAAGUGGCAGUACGCGCUCGUGGGGGAGUACCUGGCCACGCAGGGCUUCCUGGUGGCGGUCAUCAACUACAGGACGUUCCCCAGCGGCUCGGUCGUGGACAUGAUGCAGGACGUUGAGAACGCGGUUUUCUGGGUAGCGGAGAACUGCGAGGCGCUCGGAGGCGACAGGAGCAAGCUCUUUCUGAGUGGCCACUCGUCUGGCGGACACGUGGCGGCACUGGCGCUCGAGAUCGCUAACUACGUGCGGGGAUUCGUCGGACUGUCGGCGCCCUACGACAUCUCGGAGCACUACGUCUUUGAAAGCGAGCGCGUCGUGGGUCCGUUCAACGGAGUACACGAGAUCUCGUCCAUGAAGCCUGCAAUGCUCGGCAUGGGCAAUUUCAAGAAGCAUAGCCCUACAGCGCUCGUUGCUGAGGCGAGAGACAUUGCCUUCUCGCUGCCGCCAUUUUAUCUGCUGCAUGGGGAGGACGAUACGGUUGUCCCUACGACUUCGUCCAAGAAGCUCGCCUUCCACCUGAACGAAGCGGGCCAAGCUGCCACGUACUACGAAGUGAGCAAUUGCACGCAUGAAGAUAUGGUGUUCGCUGCCAUGGGUGACAGCGUCGACUGCCGCACGGACGUAGUCAAGUUGCUGCAGCGGAUUAUGAUGACACCAACGGGGAUCGAGGAUGCUGGACACUCUUCAACUUUGACAUCGAAACUGUGA